UAGACUUUUGCCUGCCUCAGUUCCCUCUACUGUAAAAUGGGGCCAAGAGUGGCAUCUACAUCACAGGGUGUACCGAUGCUUAAGAAAUGAGUUUUCUGGGAGGCCAUUGUGUGAGAGGGUUUUGCCACCCGGCCUUCUUCCGAGUCAAGACUCUUCCUCUCCUGCUCAGCCCUGCAGAUUGCAGUUGACCAAAGAGAUGGUUAUGGAGAAGCCAAGUCCCCUGCGGGUCGGGCGGGAAUUCGUGAGGCAGUUUACUCUGCUGAGCCAGGCACCAGACAUGUUGCAUAGGUUUUAUGGCAAGGACUCAUCUUAUGUUCAUGGAGGUUUAGAUUCCAAUGGAAAACCAGCUGAUGCCGUCUAUGGACAAAAGGAAAUUCAUGGGAGAGUGAUGUCCCCAAACUUUACAAAUUGUCCUACCAACAUUCGUCAUGUGGAUGCUCAUGCUACCCUCAACGAUGGCAUUGUGGUCCAGGUGAUGGGCCUGCUGUCUCAUAAUCACCAGGCAUUCCCAAGAUCCAUGCAGACAUUUGUACUUGCUCCUGAGGGUUCUGUUGCAAACAAAUUCCAUGUUCAUGAUGACAUCUUCCGAUACCAAGAUGAGGUUUUUGGUGGCUUUAUUACUGAACCCCAAGAAGAAUCUGAGGAAGAUGUAGAAGAACCAGAAGAAAGACGGCAGACCCCUGAGGUUGUUCCUGAUGACUCUGGAGCUUUUUAUGACUAGACUGUCAGCAAUGCCCUGGAGGAGCAUCUGGAGGAGCCUGUUGUGGAGCCAGAGCCUGAGCAGGAAGCUGAAACUGAAAGCCAGGAAGAAAAGCCUGGACCAGCUUUGGAAGAGCCUGUUUCUGAGGAGACUCCAAAGAGUUCAUCAUCUCCUGUCCCUGUAGAUACAGCUCCAGCAGUACAGGAGGACCUGAGAACGUUUUCUUGGGCAUCUGUGACCAGGAAGAACCUCCCACCUAGUGGAGCUGUUCCAGUGUCUGGAAUACCACCUCAUGUUGUUGAAGUACCAGCAUUGCAGGCUCGCCAAGAAUCAAAACCGGAAUCUCAGACACCACCACAGAGGCCCCAGAGGGACCCGAGAAUAAGGGAGCAACGAACUAAUAUCCCAUCCCAGCGGGGACCCAGACCAAUUCAUGAAGGUGGUGAACAGGGUGAUAUGGAUACAAGGAGAAUUGUACGAUACCCAGACAGUUAUCAGCUUUUUGUUGGAAAUCUUCCACACGAUGUGGACAAAGCCGAACUAAAAGAUUUCUUCCGAAGUCACGGGAAUGUUGUGGAACUUCAAAUUCAUAGUGGUGGAAAGCUACCCAGUUUGGGUUUUGUGGUGUUUGAUGACCUAAAGCCAGUGCAGAAGAUCCUUGGUAGCAGGCCCAUCAUGUUCAGAGGUGAGGCCCGUUUGAAUGUUGAGGAAAAGAAAACAAGAGCUCUUAGAGAAGGUGAUCGUCGGGAUAAUAGACCACGUGGACCAGGAGGCCCACGCAGUGGCCUCAGUGGAGGAAUAAGAGGGCCUCCCUGGGGAGGAAUGUCCCAGAAACCAGGAUUUGGAGGCGGAAGGGGAAUUGGUCAAUGUCAGUGA